AUGGCGACAGAAAAAUUCGCUGAACAACAAAACAUCGGCGAUCUUAGAAAAGAGGACCCGUGCCUGCUUUUCUUCAAGCAGAACGCCACAGCGCUCAUCGGAGCAGCCCUCAUCUUGCAGAUAUGUUUUUUGGGCACGAUUAGUUUUCUCACCGCAACCGCGCGGCAACUCGACGCGGCUCUGUUAUUCCUGAGCCUCCUCGCAAAGACAGUUUUUCUCACGCUUCUGUUGUAUGGCACUGGAUGGUGUGUGGAGAACAGAGGGUGGCGAGUGGCGUACACCCGCAAAAUUAUUCACGUCGCUUUCUUCGCCGUUCCGUUUUGGUUCGACGCGCACAUGCCUCUGUCGGAAGCGGAGAGCGUGAUAUGGGCGCUGUGGAACAUAAACAUGGUCGGCUGGAUAUUGCUUCUCAUCACGAAGCCCGUGCGACGAUUGAUUCCGAUCGUCCAGACGAUGUACGCCUCUUCGGACAGACCCGAAGAUAAAGGGCUGUCGCAAAUAUACGCUUGGAUUCAGAUUCCUCUUUCCAUCGUGAUCAUCGGGGGUUUCUCCGUCGUUUUACGGGUCAUGGGUGCGGCGAAAUGGACGAUGAUCCCGAUACUCGCGGUGGCGAUCGGUGACGGCCUAGCUGAACCUGUCGCGGUAUUUUGGGAAGAUAGGAAGUGGUUCGGGGGAACUCACAAGUAUCGUACUCGCGGCCUCUUCUCCGGCGAUCGGGUCUUCACUCGAUCCAUCGAAGGUUCGGGAACUGUUUUCGUCGGGACGCUCGUGUCGGUGUUGAUAUAUCUCAACACCAUGUCAAAUGGACAGCUGAUAUUCUUCGUGUGCGUCCUGCCGAUAGUGAUAACGAUACUGGAGAUGGUGGCGCCGCAUUCCUUGGACAAUCCGUUUUUACUGUUCUUCGGUUAUUUGAUCACUUGCUGCGCGUCGCUGAUAUGA